CCAAAACUUCCUGCAAAAUAGUGCUCCCUGACAACAGACAAAGCUUGACACUGUGGAUUCACUUUGAAGACGUUUAAAUAAAAGCGUAGCUAAUUUACUUCCUCAAUGGGUCCAGACAGGCUCUCCAGGUGCAGACAGUAGGUCGAGCGUGCGGACAUGUCGGGUCGCUCUGCUGCAGAGAUGGAUGACUCCCAGGAGCUGCCUGAGCUGCCGGCAAAGAAAGCCAGGCUUGGGUUAGACGAUGGACUAGAGAAAGAGCCAAGUAAUUUGGGCGAAGACGGGAGCCCGACUGCUCUCCUAGGUCCAGCAGAGCAGGAAAGCUCCUUCCCUGCCCUGUCCAGCACCCCGCUUGAUGGAGGAGACCACGAGCAGUCCAACCCAGAGAGAGGAGCAGCACCUCAAACCUGCGGUGACUCCCUCAACUCAUAUACACAUUCUGUUGUGACCUGCAAAGAACCAGAUACAACAGCAGCCUCUGAAUAUACUCCACUGGCAUACCAAGGAAGCAACCCGACAGUGACGUCCUACACCAGCCAAGUGGCCUUUCCUCCUCUGGCCCAGUCCACUGUGUACUCGGCUUUCCCCCAGACAGGGCAGACCUAUGGCCUCCCACCCUUUGGUGCUAUGUGGCCAGGCAUAAAAACAGAGACAGGGCUGCCUGAGGCACCCUCUGUUGGCCAGCCUGGGUUUCUCAGCUUCAGCACCGCAUAUACCUCAACCCAGCCAGGCCAGCUGCACUACUCAUACCCAAGCCAAGGGUCGAGUUUCACAACAUCCAGUGUGUACUCAAACAUCCCUUCAGCCACGGCCGCCACCACAGCCUCCACCACAGUGGCACACCAGGAGUUCAACAGCUAUAACUCUGUGGGACAGAGUCAGUUCUCUCAGUACUACGCACCGCCCCCGAGCUAUGUGCCUGCUGCGCUGCCAAACAGCAACGACCACGGUGUGAGUGUGGGCGUGGCCGGCUAUCCAGCCAUCAAGUCAGAGGACGCCUCGGCUGGACUGCCCACCAGAGAUGCUUCCCCGCGAGAGAACCUGCCGACGGGCGUCGCUCUCCCGACGGGUGUGGCUCUGCCCGCCGGGGCCAGAGAACAGGAGGAGCCGGGACGCAGGAACUCGGUGGGGAAAUCAAAGGGGAAGGCCAAGAAGUCUGACAGCAGCCCGCCUGCUGACAGUGACCUGGAGCGCAUCUUUCUGUGGGAUCUCGACGAGACCAUCAUUAUAUUCCAUUCGCUGCUCACAGGCUCCUUCGCACAAAAGUUUGGCAAGGAUCCAGCCACCGUGUUGAACCUGGGCUUGCAGAUGGAGGAGUUGAUCUUUGAACUGGCAGAUACUCACCUUUUCUUCAAUGACCUGGAGGAGUGUGAUCAGGUCCACGUUGAGGAUGUGGCCUCUGACGACAACGGACAGGAUCUGAGUAACUACAACUUCUUGGCGGACGGCUUCAACAGCCCCAGCGGCGGCGGCGGGGCCUCGGGAGCCACCACAGGGGUCCAGGGCGGCGUGGAGUGGAUGCGCAAACUGGCCUUUCGCUACCGCCGGCUAAAAGAAAUUUACAACGGCUACAAAGGGAAUGUUGGAGGCCUGUUGAGUCCCAUGAAGAAGGAGCUGCUCCUGCGGCUGCAGUCUGAGAUCGAGAACGUCACGGACGCCUGGCUCAGCACCGCGCUCAAGUCCCUGCUGCUCAUCCAGUCCAGGGGUAAAUGUAUGAAUGUCCUCGUGACCACAACUCAGCUGGUUCCUGCUCUGGCGAAGGUGCUGCUCUACGGCCUGGGAGACAUCUUCCCCAUCGAGAACAUCUACAGUGCCACCAAAAUAGGGAAAGAGAGUUGCUUUGAGAGGAUCGUCUCUCGCUUUGGGAAGAAAGUGACGUACGUGGUGAUCGGCGAUGGGAGAGACGAGGAGUUUGCAGCAAAACAGCACAACAUGCCUUUCUGGCGGAUCUCCACCCACGGAGACCUCGUGUCCCUGCACCAAGCCCUGGAACUGGACUUCUUGUAAAGGAGGUGGCGUUGGAUGUCACACAAUAAAGGGAAAAAAAAAAUAACAGUCGUCUUUUCGGUAGCUUGUGGAGUGACACUUGAGUUUCUGAGAAUCCUCCCCGACCCCCAACGAUACACACUCAUACUUUGUAAAACGCCUACCUGCUCUCACUGGUGACCUGUGACUCACUGUGUGACGGUGACGUACUGAGGCGGACUUUGGGUUGGCGCCGACUGUGAGAAACAGACUGGACGCGCAGUCAGCCGAACGAAAGCUCCUCAUGCCCAGCACUCCCACCUCUACGGCAGCUAACCUCACCAAGGCUGAACCUGGCACUGAUUUGGACACAAAAGGGAAGGCACCUGCAUCUGUUUCUUUCUGUCCCUCAGCUUCUUUGUCAUUUAUUAUUUUUUUUUUUUUAAGUAUGAAACGCCUAAUGGGGCUGACGUUGUCCCUCUGGGUUUCUCCGCCAAAUCCAUGGAUGGAAACAACCAAAGGGACUGAAAGGUGUUCUUCACCGGCUCGCUCUCUUUGGGUUGGUUGAACUUUCUGUUCAGAUGUUCAGACGCUGUACAGUUCAGAGAAUAAUAUCACAACAAUUACCAAAAAAAAUCAUUUUUUUUCUAGGUUGUCUUGGACUACGCUGGAAAGCAGUCACGCACCGUUUUGCAGUCUUGUAUGCAAACCAUUGAGUUUCUGACAGUUGUCGAUGAAAUCAGCUCAGUUUAAGUAACAGAUAAUCAGAUUUUUGUCUAAUCAAUUAGCCUCCUGUGAAGACAGCCUUGUAUUUGACGUAUGGUACUGAUCGUUUCUGACUAAGCGUGAACUCCCCACCUGACCUGACCAAACCACAGCAUCAUGUCAUUCAGCUGCCCUGACCUCUCCACUGUGUUGAAAUGACAAACUUAUGCGGUCCUUCGAUGAGGUCAGACACUUAAAAAAAAAAAAAAAAAAAAAAAAGGAAGUGGCUCCCAGAUUGCAUGUGUUGCAGUUCAGGGGCCUCCGUGUGCAAGCAGGGUGAGAAACUAACACUAGCCACAAGACGAACACAGUUCAAUUUCAGAAAACUACUCAGAUUGGUAAAAUAGUGACAGAGGCCUUUGAAUUUUGGAAGUUAGUUUCCUGACCCAUGUAGUAUUAGUAAGGAAAUCCAGUUUGUUGAGCAUAAUGGAAAGUGUAUAAUGUGUAUAUUGAGACAACCCGCUGUUUGGGUCCGCCGUUCCUCAGAGCACAGUCCUAAGUGUCCUUGAAAUCCUGUGAGGAGACUUCCAUUGAUAAAGCUUUUCAAAGUGUAAAGACAAAAGUGUAAAAUGAGUCGCACAAUGUACGCAUAUUGUAUUAAAUACAAUGCUUUUGUGGUUGGAGUUUGGUUAUCCGUUUAUGCUGUUUGAUUGUAUGAAUAAGGAUAACGUGAACCUGGUAACAAAUAUCCUACUUCAUGUUUUCUGUAUGUUCACUGUCUCUAAGUCAUGGCAGAUAUAUUUUAGGACUCGCACCUCCUAGCCUCCUAGAGAUUUUAUUUUAUUGCAUUUACUGGUGAUUUGCUGGAAAGUUGCGACAUCUCAUCACAAUAUAGUAACGUGGUUGUGUUUGCAUGUUUAAUUGCAGAAAGAGAACAACGUAGGGGGAGCAGUUGGAAGAGUUUUGGGGUUAAAUCAGCUCUUGACAAAACCAAUGAUUCUGUCUGGCAACUAAGAAUUUGUUCGGGUAUGGGUAACAAAAUACUUUGUUGGCCACUUGCAGAUUUACAUUUAUUUACUUUGACAAGUGCGCAUGCUGUUGUUGUUCUGUUCAGCACAAAAUCAAAAAAAUGCUUUGUCAAUGCAAUUGAAUGUCGUGGUCAUUUACCAAAAAAAAAAAAACAUUGCAUCCAUUUUUAUUUUCCCAAAGACAUGCAACGUAUUUCCUCAGUUGCUUUUGAAUCACGGGUAGUUUUCCCAAGUUCUGUUUAAUUUAGCUGUCACAGGCUAUAUACCGCUGUUGGUUUUCAUCAGUCACACUGCAGCCGUGAGUCAUAAUGGGAAAUAAACGAGGGGUGACUGUGCAAUACAUGAAUGGUUUGUUCACAGACUGUGUUUCAAGGGAUUUGAUUUGCCUGAAGCAGCUGGUCAAGAAAGCGGGAGGGUCGACUUUCCCUGGUCUGUUUGAGAUUACGACUGAACAAUACUGAGCCUGAAGAUGAUUUCGUAUUUACACACAUGCAGCUUGACCAUUAAGAAUGUGUUUUCUGUGUAUUUGUCUUUCUUGAGUGACUGUGCAUAUUUAUAUUGUGCCUUUAACCAUCAUCUGUACGUAUAAUCUCAAAGGGAAAUGCUUAAGAUUUAGUCUAAUACAUUAUCCUCACGUUAUUGUUACAUUAUUUGAAGUGUUAUGUUACUUUUUUUUUUUAACUCUAUACUUUUUUUUUUAAAGUGCUGCCGAGACUUGUUAUGCUUCAUUAAGUUUUGUCACUAAGUUAGACGUUAGGUUUGACUGUCCUGUCUGCACUGUAAUUGAAGGGUCUCCUUCCAGAAAUCUCUGUAUCCAUUUUUGGGGGAAAAAUAUUCCCACGGGAGGGGAUCGAGAUUGGCGUACGCCGUCAGAGAAUAGUGUUAUGUCUUUCAAGUGGUGGAUAUCUCAUUUUGGAGUGAAACAGUUCAGUUAUUUUUCAGACUUUUACUUGUGAAACGCUCAUCUCUCAACAAUCAUGUCUGCUUUGUAAUACAGUUUUUUUUUCUUUCCUUUUGAAAAGGAAAUUGCAUUUUGUUGCUGUGAAACGCUUACAUGGCUUAGAGACAAUCAAUCCGUAGGGACAUGGUAACUUGAAGACAGAUCAGAUCAACGUAAUGUGGUGAAUCCCGUAUAUCACGAGCAGUCCUUUGCUUCUGUUUUGAUUGUUCAUUGCUGUACUACCUAAAUGGGUCAAAGGGAAACGGGCCUGUUCACUCUCAGUCCUUUGUCUUUUGCAGAGUCAGUGUUGUGAUACCUUUUUAGAAAACAGACCAUAUGCAAUCUUGACUUUUUUUUCUGUACUAGCUUGUGGAAUGUGUUUUCUUGUUAAUAUUUUCUUAUACUUUUGUCUGCAUGUCGGUCUGUUUUGAAGUAUAACCUGGCAUGGCUUAAAAAAAAAAAAAAAAAAAAGACCAUGCAGUGUU